CUCGUACACCGAACGAUUAGCUAUUCACAGGAUGUUGCUGAAACAUGUUCUACUGUGCGUUUUGUGGGCCUGUUGCUUUAUGCAGGUAAAUACACAAUCACUCGAUACAUGUGGCUUGAGCGAUUCGACAAAGCAAACGCUAUGUGCUGCAAGUGAGUAUGACGAGAUUCCGGGCGUUGACAUGGAUGCAACGUUGAACUGCAUCCUUAAGACUACGAAAAUUGUCGACGAAAAGGGAGCUGGAAAUUUCUACAGUUUGUUCGAUCCGAUGGCCGUUUUCGAAGAUGAAACCCGGAGGCUUAACCAUAAUCUCGAGGGGUGCAUGACCCGGCGAUUGAAGUACACCCUACCGAAACCUCAGCGUGCACAUGCGUUCUACAGGUGCAUGAUGGCAGGCGAGUCUCAGUACUCCUUCAAGAAGGUGUUUAAUGCCAGAGUUUGUAAUUGAAAGGGACAUGGCAGCUCCGGACCCGUGUCAACUGUUUAAAAAACAGUAAACUUCCAGUAAUGGCCUGUUGCAACUUUUUAAUGAAUAUUUUACUGAUAUACACUGCUGGUCAAUGAAAUAGGUAACUGUA